GUUGGCCUCUCUGUUGUCAUGGGCUGCAAGGCAGCUGGAGCUUCCCGCAUCAUUGCCGUGGAUAUCAACAAGGACAAGUUUGCCAAGGCCAAGGAGCUGGGAGCCACCGACUGCAUCAGCCCUCGAGACUGCAAGAAGCCCAUCCAGGAGGUGAUCACUGAGAUGACAGGACAGGGUGUGGACUACUCCUUUGAGGCCAUUGGCCUCAAAGAAACCAUGAUUGCUGCCCUGGCUUCCUGCAAUAUGAGCACUGGCAUCUGUGUGAUGAUUGGGGAAUUGGAUGCUGGUUCAGAGAUUUCCCUCGAUCCUAUGCUUCUGCUGACUGGGCGUGCAUGGAAGGGGACCCUGGUUGGAGGCUGGAAGAUGAGGGAUUGUAUCCCCAAAUUAGUUUCCAGUUAUUUGGAGAAGAAAUUCAAUUCAGACUUGCUGAUCACGCACACGCUGCCCUUCGCUAAAGUGAACGAGGGAUUUGAGUUGUUACGGGCAGGAAAAAGUAUUCGCAGUGUCCUGCUCUUCUGAGGGACACAGCCAUGGAAAGCUGAGAGGAGGGAUCAGCCCAGUAGAUGCUCUCCUGGCCCAGCCUCUUCUCAACCAGCCCCUCAAUUGGUGGGGCACAAGGAGAUGAGAAUAAGGAACUCGCCUAUGCUGGUGUUGCUGCGGGUCCUCCUGUGCCCAGACAGGAUCCAGAAGGAUCCCUCUUCUGACAAAACGCUUUUGCCAAUAAAGGGUUUCAGUCAAA